UACGAAUGGAGACACAGAUGAAGUCCAGUCAUGCAAUAAAGUCCAGAUCAUUAAAGUGUGGUAUGCAGCUAUGUGGUAUGAACAGUGGUACGUGAAUGGGAAGAGCCGAGCUUGGAUUCCGGACAUUGUUCCACAAGAGUGUUAUCCGGGUAGUUUGGAAAACAGAACUUUGUCGGUGACAGACUGCGAUUAGUCAAAGAAGUGUGUGUGUGUGUGCUCCCGCGUGAAUUACACUCGCAGCCCAACGACAGCAUUAGAACGAGAAUCGCCAGCCAUUUUGAGGUGGCCACUGCCUGCCUGUCAUCUUUAACGACAAACAGGUAGAGAGAAUCAAAAUGGCCGCCGUUUGGGGAGUUCUGUCUGCCAUCAUCUUUUUGUCUUGUCUUCACAUGAAUGAAACCUCAGAAAAAGGACCCCAUGCAGUCUGCCCACAGGGACUAAUGGCGGACAUAGUCUUCGUGGUGGAUGGAUCGAGUUCUGUUGGGUGGCUAGAAUUCGAAGCCAUCAAGGACUCUCUUUAUACCUUAGUGGACAAGUUAUACGUGGGUCCUGAUCAGGUCCAGCUUGGACUGGUACUGUAUAGUGACCAUUUUCAGGCAGAAUUUAGGUUCAACACCUAUCAAACAAAGGGAGAGAUCCUGAGGCACCUUCGAAAGUUACGCCAGAUCAAUGACACCAAGAUUGUGAUUGGGUUGGGCCGGGACUUCCUGUCAAGCCAUUAUUUCACAGGAGCAGCGGGAAGUAGAGCCAUUCAAGGAGUUCCUCAGAUUGUGGUGGUCAUCACUAGCAGUGGGAUCACUGGCCCAGUGAAAGACAACUUGCUUGAGCUGAAGACACAUGGCAUUAAUGUCUAUGCCAUUGGAAUCGGAUGCAAAGUCAUGGGGGAUUUUCUGGGGGUUACCGACAAAAAAUACUGCGUACAGAACCUGAAAAACUUCUUUGAUCUGCUUCGACCAAACCAAGACAUAACUGCAAGCUUCAUCAACUCUUUGUGUGGUACGGCGAAGCAGCACUGGCUCAAUAUUGUCCUUGAACCAGCAGGUCAAGGAAACGCCAUGGUGGAUAAUCGCGUCACUUUGAAAAGAGGAAAAUCCCUAAUUGUCCAAUGUCACUAUGAUGAGAAGUACAAAGAUCAUGUGAAAUACUGGUGCAGGAUGAUAUCGGAGAGUGCCUGCUUGGUCAUUGUGCGCUCUGAUGCUCCACAGAAUUGGGGCAAUGUGUCGAUCAACGAUCACCCUCACCAGCAUCUAUUCAAUGUCAUCAUAAAUAACCUGCAGACAAUGGACUCUGCUAUAUACUUGUGUGGUGUGGAAACCAGUGACAUGGAAACCUAUAUAUAUAUAGCAGACUUGAACCUGACAGUCACUGCUGGUGUACCUGCUCUGUCAACGCACAACAACAACGCAGUGGUGGAGGUGGGGGGCAACGUGAUCUUCAAGUGCUUGUACAGUGAGGAAAACGUUCGCGGAGAGAAGAAAUGGUGCCGGAGAGGAGACUGGAGCUCUUGCCUGACUGAGACUGAGACGAGGGACAUGUCGAGCCAGAAUGGGGUGAAGCUGUACAACGACAAAAAAUACCGCAUUCUUACUGUGGUCAUCAGGGGUGUGAUGAUGAACCACACGGGCUGGUACUGGUGCGCUGCUGGAAACCAGCACCUCCUUUACCAAAUUAAUGUGCUGCCUCAAAACACAACAUUCACCACGACCCCAGAGAUAGCUGCUGUACCUGAGGCGUUCACCGUUCUGCUGGACUUGGUGCAGAGGCGUGUACCACAAAAGCAAAUUCUUCCUCUGCUGUUUUCGGCUGCAACUGUCCUGGUCUACUUGGUCUGUACCAUUGUAGCAGUGACUAAGAUCUGGGCAUAUUGCAAGCAAAAAAAGGAUGAAGGACUAUCUCUCACAACACAGAACAGUAAUUAAGAAUGAUGACAGCAAGACUGAUGGUGAUCCAGAGAAGACCAUAUGUAAAGUUAGUAUCUGAAUAAAAGCAGAAUUACUAAUGUAAUGUAUCACAACACACCCAUGUAAAGCACUUUGGGGAGGCUCUGUUGUGAAAGACUCUAUAUAAAAAUGAAUUGAAUUGAAUUGAACUCAAUUGAAUUGAAAGAAUGUAAAGAGCUUCUGUAGUGCUUUCCUGACAUAUCUGUUACUAAAGGCCAUUUGUAUUUAGUCCUGCCAGCUUCAUACACCGGCUCAUUCGAUAUGCGCUUUGAUAUAUCAGGUUCAGACCUAAAUGAGCACGGUAGCAUUUUCUGGCUGCGCUGGACACUGUUAGACAAAGAAUGCAUCUUCCGGCAAGAAGCAGUGUCUAUGCAUCGGGCUUAUCCAGUGCAGGCCCUAGGCCAGUGCGGCAUUAGGCAGGGAGACAUUGUGAGACCUUUGCAGGGCAGACAUACAGUGUCAGCCUAAAGGGACUCUGUGUAGGAUGGGCCACCAGUGACCGGAAGGUUGCUGAUUGUAGCCCCAGGAUGAGCAGAGGGGUUUAACCCAGGUUUUUUAACCCAAUUGCUCCAAGGUCUGGCUAACCCUGCUUUACCAAAAAAAAGCUAUUUCUUCUGUUUGAUUGAUAACAAAAAGAUGAUAGAUUUAGGCUGAAUACUGUAUAGGGUAUGAUUCCACAUGCAUUUAUUAUAUAUUUUUUUAACAUUCACUUAUGAACUGCAUUUAAGGGUAAUAUGUAUGAUGUAAUGUGAAAUAAAUAGUGUAUCCCUGCCUUGACUUAAUGUAAAUUUAUAGCACUUCUGGGAAACAUUAAAAUAUCUUGCAAA